AUGGAUAAUAUUCCAUCUGAAAUCACAUCAGAGAUACUUUCUAGGAUCGAUUUUGACUCCGUGCUGCCAUCCAAACAAGUUUGCAAUACAUGGCGCGCUUUCUUCAAUUAUAUCAGUCUUGGAGUUCUUUUCACAGUACCUUAUAAAAGCGGGGAGAAUUGGGAAGCUCGAAUCAUCUACGCAGACAUUGAUAAGCUUAUCGAUUCUGAUACUAUAUUGUUCACCGAGAUUCCUAAGAAUAGUUCGGUAUUGACACAGAUUCCUAUCCUUCUGAGCAAGCCUUACCCUGAUGAAGAACUUAUAAUUGGUUCAUGCAAUGGUUUAGUUUGUGGAAUGUGUUUUCAUCGCAUAGAAUGUGGUGGUGGUGGUGAUGGUGACCGCGGACACUUGACAUGGGGGACUCCUACUAUCAUAUUUAAUCCCGUUACUCGAGAAUUCGUUAGGCUUCAAGGAACUAAUGCCAACAUACAAGGUCUCCAAAUUCCUGUAGCAGCUGGAUUCGGCUAUCAUCAUUCAACUAACGAGUAUAAGGUCGUAAGAAUCUACGAUGAGUAUAUUGGAAACGUAAUGCAGUUAAGAAAGAGGGUGAGGAAAGUCCAGGUAUACACUCUUGGUGGUGGUGGUGGUGGUGGAUGGAGGUAUGUAGGGAAUGUACGGUACACAUUUUACUUCCCAGGUAUUCAUGCAAACGGAUCUCUCUAUUGGGUAGAUUAUAGUACUGGAGGGAAGAUUAUAGCUUUUGAUUUGGGGGAUGAAGAGUUCCAAUCGAUCCCAACACCGCCACAAAUUUCCAUAUCUCUUAAUUCACAAUGCACAACAAUAUUGUCUUUUAGACUGCGAGUUUUGGGAGGCUACUUAUGCCUUGUACAUCAAAAGCCCGGAAUUUGUGUGGAUAUUUGGUCAUUGAAGAAAAAGAAUACGACUACUUCUAACAGCUGCAGCGUCAGAAGCGAUAAGGGAAAUUUUUGGUUCUGGACUAAGGAGUUUAGCAUCACAUGGGACGCUCCGUUUAGGGACUAUGACCUUAUCACCAUUACAAAGAGCAAUGUGGUUUUGUUGCGUUGCAAUUUCACUACUCUCUAUUGUUAUGACCUGAGAACUGAAAUUUUAAGCAAGCUUUGGAAGGACGAUGCAAAUUCGACAAUUUUUGACGCAACUCCACAUACGAACAGUAAUAUUUCACUCAAAGACCUUGGUGAAAAUUCUGUGAUUCUGCCUUAUGUUUGA